UUUGUGGAUCAUGAUGGCUGCCGCCUUGAGAGGAAGCGUUGUAACAUUGGCCAAGGGCCUUACUGGCACUGGUCCGUGGUGGCAGCAGCUGGCUGCCCGGUCCCUCAAUAUGACCGCCAGUCUGGGUGGGCCUGAGGCACCCCCGGCCCGCGCCGACGCCACAUUCAAAGUCACCAUGGUGCCCGGGGACGGAGUAGGACCUGAACUGAUGACUGCCGUCAAGGAGGUGUUCAAGGCGGGUGACGUCCCAGUGGAGUUUGAGGAGUUCCACCUAAGUGAGGUGCAGCAUAUGGACAGCGACGAGAAGCUGGAGCAGGUGUUGGCCUCCAUGAAGACCAACAGGGUGGCCAUGAAAGGAAAGAUUAACACCCCCAUGGAGUUCAAAGGGGAGCUGGCUGGCUUUGAGAUGAAAAUUAGGCGUAGGCUGGACCUGUUUGCAAAUGUGGUACACGUAAACAGCCUGCCUGGCUAUAGCACCCGCCACAACAACCUGGACCUGGUCAUCAUCCGAGAGCAGACUGAGGGAGAGUACAGCUCUCUGGAGCACGAGAGCGUGCCUGGAGUGAUUGAAUGUCUGAAGAUCAUCACUAGGGAGAAGUCUCGGCGCAUCGCCAAGUUUGCCUUCGACUACGCCACCAAGAAGGGUCGCAGCAAGGUCACGGCGGUCCACAAGGCCAACAUCAUGAAGCUUGCAGAUGGCCUGUUCCUACAGUGCUGUGCCGAGGUGGCAGAGCUGUAUCCCAAGAUCAAAUAUGAGAACAUCAUCAUAGACAACUGUUGCAUGCAGCUGGUCCAGAACCCAUACCAGUUUGACGUGCUGGUGAUGCCCAACCUUUAUGGCAACAUCAUUGACAACCUGGCCGCUGGGCUGGUCGGCGGGGCAGGAGUGGUGCCAGGAGAGAGCUACAGCGCCGAGUAUGCCGUGUUUGAGACCGGAGCGCGGCACCCCUUUGCCCAGGCUGUAGGCAGGAACAUCGCCAACCCCACAGCCAUGCUGCUCAGUGCUGCCAACAUGCUCCAUCACCUCAACCUGGAAUACCACUCCAAUAUGGUGUCAGAUGCUGUCAGGAAGGUCAUCAAACAGGGCAAGGUGCGGACGCGAGACCUGGGCGGUUACAGCACGACCGGGGACUUUGUGCAAGCCGUUGUGGGGAACCUCCGCCACCGACCCAUGUACUAAAGAAGUCCCGAUCCCCUGAACUUUACUGUAAACCCAAUAUUGCCAUAUUCCCUAAACUUUACCCCACUAACUUUUUUGCUCACUUUCCCACUAAACUCACACUUACGUCACUCUUGGCAGCUCUCUCCUCCGCUUUCUUUUCAUAUUCCUCUUUACGCGCUCGGUGUAUCCUUUAUUUAGUUUCUCUCUCUUGCUCAAAUUCAAAAAUUAUUGGCCAAAGCAGAUCAUUAUCGUCAGUUUUUACCAAAUCGUCCAUUUAUGCUGUGGCCUUCUAUUUUCUCCCGGUCUUUUCCUUGCUGAACCCUUUCUCCAACUGAGCACCCCCUGCUUGGUGCUGUUUUCUGCUUCUCUCUUUUCCUCCGUGUCAGCCUGUUCUUUUGUACUACCUCUGCUGUUGGCUGCACUCUUCUAUAAGCUGUUCUAGAAUCUUCCGUUUUGUCUGCUCUACUAACUCCCAAUAGUCUACUUUCUAUUUGUCAGCUAACUCUCUUUCCCUCCACUCAAACUCUUCCUCCUAUCUCUGAGCUGUUUCAUUGUCUCUGCUGUGGACAAGCAUACGAUUUUAUAUUACAUUGAUCUCCACCAGUCCAGCCUCGCAGUCCAUACUGGUUGGGCCGUGUGUUAUUCAGCAGUAUUGGUCAAGCAGGUUUCGAGCCACGAGGACAAUUCACCAAUGCCAAAGCGAUUGAGAAAUCUCUACCACAGCACUGUAUCAAUGGAUAUCUGGCCUGCAAUUUCACAGUCCUGAGUCGUGCCAGGCAUAUACAGUACGUCGUUCAUAACCCUUUGACUCUAUGUGCAGACUUUCCUUGGCUUGGACUAAGGCUACCGUGGUAGCAUAUGCGUAGACUACCAUAGCUGUAGACUUCCGGUCAUUGCGCUAACGCUAGUUAGCAUUGGCUCUUGAAACUACCUCAAACUACCUUAAUUCUGUACGCAGAGACAAAUGGUAUCCAUGAGUUCAUCUGACUCUGGGUAAGUAGAAAAACAGCUUAAUUGCCAGUAUCUUGCAGUAUCCUUUUUAACUGGCCUUCUUAAUCACAACCUUAAUUACGUGCACAGUCACGUCAAGACUGUUUUAGUUGCUGUAAAUAAAAAAUAAAAAACUGCACUGGUUUCCACUGAUUCAUCAUAAACAUGGAAGUUUCUCACGAACCCAUAUCAGCACCACUGUCUUAAGAGGCAGGAUGUAGAGGUCAUUCCUGAGAAGGGUGAACAUUUUCAGAAUUUACAAUCAAGUGUUUUGAUAUUGUUGCGUUACCAAACGGUGAAAUUGGCUAUCUGUAGCUAGCUUCAUAGAACCUUUUAAUGAUCCAUUGUCGCUCAUCUGCAUACUCUAGUCAUCACUAGUUACUAAAAGAAAAAUAAUGUCUUAAUAUUUUGUCCACUGUGUAAAACGCACAUAAUGUGUAUCGUAGAGGUCACUAUCUUGGUAGCUUUUUGCUGGAGUUGUGACCUUGGAGAUCCAUCCUGUUUGGCUGUUCAGUCAGGCUAAGCUCUUUCAUCAUUAAAUUUGCAAACGAACAAGCCACUGGAACCUCAGCCUAGGACCAGCCUUGCCUGAGUUCACUCUGGCUUUGUACUUUGUGCCAAAAGUCCAUUCAAUUAUAUAUUGGUUAUGUUGAUAAUCUCAGUGGUAGCAUUUCAAAUAGAGACUUAGACUGGCAUGUGUCAGUCAUUGGGACUUCAAAUGUAUUGGCUUAUGUCAGUAAGUGGCAAGGUAUUAUAAAUGCUUCAAAGUGCUGUUCUGGACAAAUAAUUGUUGUUAUUUAUAAUGGUUAUGGCUUUAGGACUGUGGUUAUAAUAUUGGAUCUUUGAAAUAACACUCCUUCCCUGUUCCCUAACUGUUACAAUGGCUGAUGGACAUUUUUGUGGUAUUUAAAUAUAUUAUCAUGGUCAAAUACUGAAGAAUAAAAGAUGGGAAAAUGUU